GCUAAGUUCGGCUGUUAUCAUACGAGACGCUAUAUUGUUGUUGAGGAACCAAAAUUGACGCUCUUCCCUGAAGAUUUUGAGAGAAUAUGGCUGAGGAGCAGUUAAAAGAAGUAAAUACCAAUCCCGCGUCGACAUCCCCAGUGACCAACGAACCAGAGAAGACUGCAAUGAAACCAAAUCCGCCAACACCGCUUUCAGCAUCAGCUGCCGGUGAAGGGCAGCAGACAGAGAAGGCGGUUCAGGCAGCGGCCUACAGCAUGCGACCGGCUUUUGGGGAAAUGUUUCCUCUGCCCAUUGUCAAGAACAUCAUGAACAGCGUUAUGACCGAGAAACUGAAAGACAAAAUAUACGACAAGGACGUGGCCAAGAUAUGGACGCUUGAGAUUGCCGAUGAAGUGAAUCAGAAAAUAGCCUCCAAUCCCAAGGUGAGGCGCUACAAGCAUGUGGUGCAGGUGAUGCUUGGCCAGGAGCUCGGUGCCGGGGGUUUCUAUAAUUCGCGCUGCUGCUGGGACUGCGACUGUGAUACCUCCGUCUCCGAGGUGUUCAGCAAUACCAGUAUAUUUUGUGUGUGCACUGUCUUUGGCACCUAUCAGUACUAAACGAGCACAAACGACCAGCAAGGACGACGCACCAGAACUGAUUAGGAUAAGAGAACAACCUUACUAUAUUUAUUCUUAGCACGGUGAGCGGCAGCAUAUUAUUUACAUUUAAAACUAGUCGGUUCUUGCAGAUUAGUAGGCACCAGGAAACAAGGGAACAACGACCCAACUUCACUUUCGAUACUCGACUCGACCUUCGUCUUGCAUCAUUGGAUGCGCACAUUCAAUGGAUUCAGUAUGCGGCCCGACAUUACAGCCACGUCCAGCUCUCGGUCGAUGAUGAAAAAAAGAAACGGAUGGUUCACAGAGAUCUGAAUGGGUUUCGUUUGAGCACCGUAGUUGCCUGAGAAGCAAAAAGGAAGUAGUUAUUGCACCUUUGUCUAUCUGCGCUACUGUUGGCGCAAUCGCCAUCGCAAUGGUAAUGCUGGAAUUGCAGUCCCAGUUUCAGGUGGGGCGAUGGCGAUGCGUUGCGCCUCAAUGCCUCCGUUCAGGUGUGCUGCAACUGCAACUGCAGACACAAGUACAAGUACUUACGCUUUAGUUGAUUGAUGGGAUGCGUACGAAUGUUUACGUCUAUGGAUUGCUCAAUGUGUCGCACAUAGACGCCUUUCUCAUCAGUCAUGGGUCGAAAAUCGGCGCGAUUAGGCUCGAAGACAUCACAGCUGUAACGAAAGAAAGUAAAAGUGCCAGCCAGUCUCAAGCAGCCCUAGCAAUCAGCUUACAUGCCCAUCUGCAACACAACCAAAGCAUAGAUUAAUCUCAAUAAAUCGACUUUUAUAUUAA